GCAGCGCGCGCUGCUGUUCUCCUGCCGUGUUUGUACACAGUCCGCUGUGUAAUCGGGACCUGCACGCGCUCUCUCGUUCUCGGUUAUUGCAUUGUGCACCACUGCAGUAGGGGGAUAACUGCACAAGCAGAGCCGCUUUUCUUAUCACUUUGGCUUGCAGGUAGCCUCCGCGUAUCUCUCUCUCCAUCUCCAAAAAAGGACUUACAGAAAAACCAGUUGAGGGGAUACUGUCAUUUCAAACGACGUCGUUGGACGGAAAGGAACAGAAGUUUUAUUUUUUGGCUUAGUUGUCCAUUCUGCAAUCUUUCUGGAAGAGAUAUAUGCUGUUUAAAAAAUGAUGGGUCCGUUAUCCGUUUUCAUCGUCCUCUGCAUAAGCGCUGCUGUCCCGCAGCUAGCUAAAGGGGAAGCGUGCGAGCCCAACCCAUGUGCGAACGGGGGCGCCUGCUUUACGGCGCUGGCCGACGAGGCGUUCACAUGUGAGUGUCCCCCCGGCUUCACAGGCCCACAGUGUACUAAUGUUAUGGAGGUUGAGGUUGCGGCAGAUGGUGAGGAUCCUACUUCAGCAGGACCAUGCCACCCAAAUCCAUGCCACAACGGAGGGACUUGCGAAAUCAGUGAGACGUACAGGGGCGACACCUUUAUUGGAUAUGUCUGCAAGUGUCCGUCUGGCUUCAACGGGAUCCAUUGCCAACACAAUGUUAACGAGUGUGAAAGAGACCCUUGUAAAAAUGGAGGGAUAUGUACAGACCUGGUUGCCAACUACUCCUGCGAGUGCCCCGGGGAGUACAUGGGUCGAAACUGUCAGUACAAAUGCUCUGGACCACUUGGGAUGGAAGGAGGCAUCAUCUCCAACCAGCAGAUCACAGCAUCUUCCACACACCGAGCGCUGUUUGGGUUGCAGAAGUGGUACCCAUACUUUGCCCGACUCAACAAAAAAGGGCUGGUGAAUGCUUGGACAGCAGCCGAGAAUGACCGAUGGCCCUGGAUUCAGAUAAACCUGCAGAGGCGGAUGAGGGUGACCGGCCUCAUAACGCAGGGCGCCAAGCGCAUUGGGAGCCCCGAAUAUGUCAAGUCCUACAAGGUAGCCUCCAGCAACGACGGCAAGAUCUGGAAGACGUACAAGGUCAAGGGCACGGACGAGGACAUGAUAUUCCGUGGAAACGUCGACAACAACACACCCUCAGCGAACUCUUUCACCCCUCCAAUCGAAGGCCAGUACAUACGGAUUUACCCACAAGUCUGCAGGAGACACUGCACUCUUCGCAUGGAGCUUCUGGGCUGUGAACUCACUGGAUGCUCUGAGCCAAUGGGUAUGAAGUCAGGUCACAUCCAGGACUACCAGCUCUCGGCCUCUAGUGUCUUUCGGACACUCAACAUGGACAUGUUCACCUGGGAGCCGGGGAAGGCCAGGCUCGACAAACAGGGCAAAGUCAACGCCUGGACGUCCGGCCACAGCGACCAAUCACAGUGGCUGCAGGUGGACUUACUACUCCCCACAAAAAUCACUGGCAUCAUCACCCAAGGAGCCAAAGACUUCGGUCAUGUGCAGUUUGUGGGCUCCUACAAAGUGGCCUUCAGCAAUGACGGUGAAAGAUGGUUAAUAUAUCAGGAUGAAAAACAGAAGAAGGACAAGGUAUUCCAAGGAAACUUCGAUAAUGACACUCACAGAAAGAACGUGAUAGACCCACCCAUCUACGCCCGAUUCGUGCGGCUCCUGCCAUGGUCGUGGUACGGUCGGAUCACUUUGCGGGCUGAGUUGCUCGGCUGCACAGAGGAAGACUGAACAGUCCACCAUCCUCCCCUUUUCCCCUGGCUUACUGGAAUAUCGAGCGAUCCAGUAUUUCAAUACAAACUGUGCAAAACCUGUAAAAAGAAUCGAUUUCCAAUGGGUUUUUCAAGAAUACGUGUUUAGUUGUGGUAGGCGGGAUAUUUGUUUUCUACAUUGAUUUGAACCUGCCCUUGUCAAAUAUCUGUCCCUUUUUUUCCUCUUCUUUUUUGUCCUUGUCUUUUUAUUCUCAAAUUCUUAUUCUGAUUUUUUUGUACCAGUAUGGAAUGCAAUUGUGUAACAUACUGAGGGGGAAAUGGUCACACUGUGGAUCUGAUUUAUUGCAAUGAAAACUACAGAGUCACUUUUUAAU